AUGUUCCAAUGGGCGAAGGACUGGGUGGUGGACAAGGUGUACGGCGCCGCGAAGACGGGCAUCCAAGCCGGCGGCACCAUGGCCGGCAACGCUGUCGGCGGCGUGGGCAACCUGAUUGAGAAUUCUGGUCGAGGGGUAGGCCAAAGUGCGAGUGGCGUCGCAGGAUACGUAGGAGGCGUGGGCAGCUACAUCAACUCCUACGGCGACGGCAUCAUCAACUCGACGGCGGCGGGCGGUGGCAGUAGCAGCGCGGAGAAGAAGACGGCCGUGAAGCCCACCCAGGCUGCGAGCAAGACCGCAGGCAACGCUCAGAAAGGCGUCUCGUCGGCGACGAAGUCUCUCCCUCCUGUCCCAGCAUCCAAGGCCCUGCCAGCAGCUCAAAGGACACCGCCCUCCAAACCACCCGCCAAAGCCGCGCCCGCCAAAGCACCACCCGCGAAGAAACCCAACACCCCCCAAACCGCCACAUCCAAAUCCAACACCCUCCCCAAAAUCUCCGCCUCCUCCGCCGACAAGACCCCCGACGGCAAGACGCGCAUCUCCGCCGCCAGCCGUCCGAACAAGCCCAGCGGUGGAGGUGGUGCCCAUAGCGCCAGCUCGGGCGUCAAGAAGACGACGCAGAAUAACGCGGGCCCCAGGCCGAAGAUUUCGGCGGGGAAGGAGGAUCGGACGCCGGAUGGGAAGAUUAAGAUUUCGAGCGCGAGUCGGCCGAGGCCGGUGAAGGCGGCGUAG